AUGUCUCUGUCAGAUUUGGUCUCACAAUUGCAGGUCUUUUCGAAGUCUGACUCCCACAGACAAGUUUUUGAUCUGGGAUCCAAGAUUCUGAGCCAGCAGCCGUCCAAUGUUGCCGCUCUCAAACAAUGUUUGGUGGCCCUCAUCAACCUUGACAACUACAAGACCGCCCGCGAAGUGCUUGACAAACAUAGUGACCUAAUUGCUAAAAAUCGCGAGAUUCUCAUUGUUGAAUUGGCAUAUAUCUACUACAAGCUUGACGACGAAAAGUCACUAGCAAAGCUUGUAUCUCAUGGAUCUAAUAAUCGCGGCCUAAAACAUGUCUUAGCUCAACACUACUAUCGUGUUGGUAAAAACGAAACCGCGUUGAAAAUAUACAGAGAGCUUUUGAAUGACACUCCACCAGAAGAAGUGCUGGAUCUCAGUGUCAAUGAGCGCGCUGUGCUUUCGCAGAUGGAAGUCUAUUCUGAGGACAGCAACUUGCAGCCCAUCUCUGCCCCACACUCCAACUCAUACGACCAAAAAUUCAAUUCUGCCUUAAUUCUCCUAAGAGACGGUGACUAUGAGGGCUCCUUAGAGCUUCUGCGAGAAGCCAGACAGCAGUGUCUGGUUUCCCUUGCAGAUUACGAAGAAGAGGAACAACUGGAAGAACUUGCUCCUAUAGACGUUGAAAUUGCAUUUCUGACACAAAUGUUGAGCGGAAAGGAUGCUGCUAAGCCAUUCUAUGACGAAAUAAAUUUGUCGAAGUUGAAGAACCAGGUCUUGAAAGUUCUCAUCACCACGAAUCUGGCUUCCUUUCAAGAAACACCGCCUAGUGCAGCUUCUUUGUACAAAAAGCUUGGACUACCACAGUCUCUCAAUAGGAUCCUUGAUAGGUUGGUGAUGAGACAAAUAAGAGAUUUGCAGCGAAACGAGAUCUUGUUAGCAUACAAGGCUGGAAAAUCCGUUUCUAAGUCUGCGGCCAAGCACGAACACCGAUUCCCAGAGUCUUUACUGCCACAGGCCCUAGCUGGUAUAUCUAAAAUAGCAGAGUUUGACUCUGAGAACUUCAAAUCAUCGAUCAAUGAGAAGCUGGUUUUCAGAGAGGCGAUCAAAAAUCCGAAGAAGCUGGGCCUAUGCUUGUUCGCUGCACAAUUGAGUGUGAGUUCCGGAAAAAACCAAAAUGCUGCUCGCGUCUUGGAGACUGCGGUUGAAGCUGACUCGUCGGUGCUUCUCAGGCCGGCAAUUGCCUGCUUGCUUUUUGCUGUUUACGACAAGCUUGACAGAGAAAACGAUAAAAUUAAGCUACUCCUUAGUCUCUAUCAGCAUCUACUUUCUGCAGAGCUGAAGACUGUUGACCAACUAAAACUACUCAAAUUUGUGGCAUUCCAGAUGAUAGCAUUUGACGAAGCAAAAUCCCAAGAAUUAUUCCAAAAACUCCAGUCUGCAGUGUCUUCAGACCCCCUAGUUUCCGUGGUUUUAGGCGGAGAAGCAGAAACCAGCUUGGGAGAUGUGGAGCCACUGAUAUCCAAGGUUGACGCAGACUCACUACUAGAACAAGGACUGCAGCCAUUAUUUUCGAAAACAUCCACCACCAAAAUCAGUCAAGGAGCCUCCAAAGUCGAAAAACGAAAGCGAAACAAACCGAAAAAGCUUCCAAAGGACCUUUCAAAAAAAUUGGACGAGGAAAGAUGGUUACCAAUGAAGGAUAGGUCUUACUACAAACCUAAGAAGGGCAAGAAAGGCAAAGACACGCAGGGAGGUGUCGUUGACCAAGCCGCUGAGGAAUCACUCAACAUCGGAUCCAGUUCAUCGUCUCCUGCCAUAAACAAAAAGCAGGCCGGGAAAAAGAAGAAGGGAAAGAAAUAA